GCAAAUAAAGUCUGUUAAAGGUUUGGCUGUUUAUGGUCACAAUGUAGAAGAUGAAGAAAGAAGAAAGAAGAUGAAGGCCUUCAUCUUCUUUCUUCUCCUGGGAAUACAGGGGGCAGCAGCAGUGACCCACUCGCUGAAGUAUUUCCUUACUGGAUCCUCUCAAGUCCCAAACUUCCCAGAGUUUGUGGUUGUUGGGAUGGUUGAUGAUGUUCAGAUUGAUUAUUAUGACAGCAACACGGAGAAAGCUGAGCCCAAACAGGACUGGAUUGCCGAGAACACAGAUCAGCAGUACUGGGAGAGAGAGACUGCAAACUGUUGGGGUUCCCAGCAGUCUUUCAAAGCCAACAUUGACACUGCAAAGCAGCGCUUCAACCAAACUGGAGGUGUUCACAUUGUCCAGCGGAUGUACGGCUGUGAAUGGGAUGAUGAAACAGGUGAAGUGAAUGGAUAUCGCCAAGACGGUUAUGAUGGAGAGGACUUCAUAAGCUUUGACCUGAAGACAGAGACGUGGGUCGCUCCAAAACAACAGGCUGUCAUCACAAAGACGAAGUGGGACAGUAACAAAGCUACAAUCACACAGUAUAAGAACUACCUCACCCAGAUUUGUCCUGAGUGGCUGAAGAAGUAUGUGAACUAUGGGAGGAGCUCUCUGAUGAAAACAGUUCGUCCCUCAGUGUCUCUCCUCCAGAAGUCUUCCUCCUCCUCAGUCACCUGCCACGCUACAGGUUUCUAUCCUGACAGAGUCGAGAUGGUCUGGAAAAAAGAUGGAGUGGAGCUUCAUGAGGGUGUGGACAAAGGAGAGAUUCUCACCAACAAUGACGGGACCUUCCAGAUGAGUGUUGACCUGGAUGUCUCAUCAGUCAAACCUGAAGACUGGCACAGAUACAGAUGUGUGUUUCAGCUCUCUGGUGUGAACGAGGACAUCGUCACCAGACUGGACAAAUCAGAGAUCAAGACCAAUGAAGGAAAUUCCUUCUCCCUGAUCAUCCCUGUUGUUGUUGCUGUGGUUGUUCUUGCUGUCAUCGCUGUGAUCGCAUUCAUUAUUUACAAAAAGAAGACAGACAGACGUCCCCCAUCUCCUGUAGAGAACCGUGAAGUCCAGGAGCAAAUGCUUCCUCAAGCCUAAACCACAAACAGCUCUGCACACAAGAACCUGAGAGAAGACGUGUCAGCUCGUUCUUCUCCAUAAACUGGAAUUCAUUGAAUUUGUUGACUGUUCACAUCAUAAAAUCUGUUAAAAAGAUCUAAAAUCUAAAAUAUAGUUGCAGAUGCUUAUUAGUCAAGAUUUAAUGGAAAGGAGUUUGAAAAUGAGUUGGCAAACAUUACAUCAUUAACAUAUACAUCAUUAAAUUAUUCUGAAUAUGUUGUUUUCAGUUUAAAAAAAAAGGCGAUUUAAAUGAAAAGAUCUAAUUCUGUUUAAAUGUUUCGGUAUUAGUAUCAAUAUUAUGACAGAGAUCUUGAUAACCAUUUUCUCGGUAAAGAGCUAUUAUUUUUUACAAUAGCGGAUUUAUUUUGCUUUCUUAUUACAUACGCAAUAAAAUAAAAACCUUUAAGAUUAUCCGAUAUUCUGACCACCCUGCCUGUAACCUAGCAUUGGGAUUUAAGAUUAUCUGAUUAUCCUACUGCUUGUAACUUAGCAAAGUAUCGAUGCAAAGAAUUUCAUACACGCCAUCGACUCUUGUACGUGUAAAAUAACACUGAGUUAAAAAAAAAAAAAAAAAA